UUGCUUGUUAAACUACUUUGGAUUGCAGUAUGUUUGACAACUAUUCUUUUGUAACAUUUGUAGGCAUUGAAGUAUAAAUCAAUUAUAUUUCAAACAUUUCAAAUUAAUUAUUGUUUUCGUAACGCAAUAUCUUGGUUAUUAGGAUGUUCAGAUUGAUUUAUCCUUCACUGCAUCGUUGCAAUGGUCGCAGCUUGUUACAGUUGUCCACAAGAUUUGCCAGUGGUCCAAGCAAAACGACUGGUGGUAGCUCUUGUGCUGGAAGUCCGGGUCCAUCCAAGAAACCAAAUCCUGGUCUAGAGAAAAUCAGAAAAAUGCAAAAACUUUUCCAAAAGGACAAUGGCAAACCUAUACAUCUGAAGGGUGGCAGUAGAGACGUAAUGCUAUAUCGUGCCACAUGGGGGCUGGCUAUACUUGGAUUACUGUUACAAAUUCAUAUGUUCGCAAUGUAUAUAAUUUAUUGAAAUUUUUGAUUUUUUCUGGUAAACAUUAACUUACUUAAUAUAAAUACAAAAAUGAGAAAGCGAACACUCAUGCUAGCAAACAAC